UAACAGCAGCAGGCAGAGCGACAGCAGCCGAUACAACAAAAACAAAUUUAGUUUUUUUCUCUCUGCUGCUACGCACAGCAGUGACGCCGACGCAGACGCUGACGUUGACAUCUAUCCUCAGCAGCAUCUUAACGCAGCUGCUCCGUUGACUGUGAGGCUUUUGUUGUUGUCGCUGCUGCUCCCGCUGCUGUUAAAGCGGCAGAGCAAGCGCAACAGGAGCAGCCGCGCCGAUCGCUGUGCAAGAAUUAGAAGCAGCAGAGGCUGAAACACCAUCAGACUCAAGCAGAAGAUCGACAACAGCAACAACAAUAACAAGCUAGAGCAAAGCAGUUGUGGGACGUGGCUAAUUGCAACUUCUGUUUCCGUUUCGCCAUUGGCAGGGCCCAAAAUUAAUGGUAAUUUCAUGCUGUCAUUGCGCAAAAAUCAACACGGCCCCCGAAGCGCCAGCAGAACAAAGCACAAAGUCAGCGCCAUCAAUGACCUCAGCUAACUCGUAAACGAAACUACAGCAAACGCGGCAAUAACAAUAAAUCAGCUUAAGAAGUCCUUGACAAGCAAUUGACGUCCGUGAAAUUCGUUUGUGAGAGACGACGCGCAAGAAGCCAACACAGCUAGAAAGAGAGGCAAAGAGAAGGAUAACGAGAGAUUUCAUUACACAGAGCUAGACGACAGAAGCUUGCAACAAUGGCGCACUCGAAAGUCAUACUGAAGAUUCUGUUCUCGCUGUGCGUUUGGUCAUUUGUAAUCAUUGGCCUGUUCAAGAUGCAUGGCACGAACCUGGUGCCACAGGACUACCGCCAAGUGCCACAGGACUAUCAACAGCUGCCACUGAAUGGUCGCAGUCUGCUGCAGAAGGAUAUGCUACGCUACGCUGAGACAACGUCCACCACCACCGAUCACUUCGAUCCCAGCGAGAUACUCGUCGACAAUCGCACAGCCAUGGACGAUGAUCAGCUGGUGCGCGACGUGGAGUCCAGAAUACCAUCCCUGCCGAUCGCCUACUGGAGCAAGAACAAAAACUUUCUGCAGCAAAAGUCCGCAACGUGCGCCAAAUACCCAUCGAUCUUUGAGCUCGAAUUCAACAACAUUUAUUGGCAAACGAUGCACACAUCGAAUGGCACCUUUCAGCUAUUUGGCGCCUAUUACGACAUUCGGCGCGCCUCGCUGCUGGGGCCGACGGUGCGUAUUCUGGGCAUGAUCGAUCGGAUCGAGCCCAAGGUAAAGACCUACUGUCAGUUCUGGUUCGACGGCCAGAAGGAGCCGUUCAUUGUGAAGACAUUCGAGUACAAGUACAUUUGGUAUAACAAGUGGGGCAACUACAAGCAGGGCAUCUAUCAGCCAUAUCUGAUCGCCUGCCAGAUACCGAAGCCCUUCCACGGCGUGGUGCCCAGCUCCGUGUCGAUGGUGGAGAAGGAAUGCGACACGGCCACCAACAAUUUGCGCGUCAUCUACAAUCGGCCGCCCGAUGAUCACAAGAAGGGUUUCGCCGUCUGUGUCAAGGGUCUGGACUUUCUCUACGAUGAUCUGAGCGUGCGGCUAAUUGAAUGGAUUGAAAUGUUAAACAUUUUGGGCGCCGACAAAAUCUACUUUUACAAUCUGCAAGUGCAUCCAAACAUAACCAAGGUACUCAGCCACUACGAGCAGGAGGGCAAGGUGCAAGUGAUACCAUUGACGUUGCCUGGCGGCCAGCCCAAUGUGCCCGGCUUCCAGCAUCUCUAUCUGACAAAGAAGACCAACCACAAGCGACAGAACGAGGUCAUACCUUACAAUGACUGCCUGUAUAAGAACCUCUAUCUGUACGACUAUAUUGCGCUGCUAGACAUCGACGAAGUGAUUAUGCCCAAGGGCAAUUCCAUACUCUGGUCCGAGCUGAUGGACAAAGCGCGCCCGGAGUCUCUAAAGUUCAAGCCGGACGGCUAUCAUAGCUACAAUUUUCGCAAUGUCUACUUCCUGGACGAUCAGCAGCACGAGCAUGGCUGGCACAAAGACAUACCCAAGUAUAUGCAUAUGCUGCAGCAUGUGCAUCGCGCUAAGAACUACACGAAGCCCAAUCAGUAUGUGAAGUGCUUCCACGAUCCGGAACGUGUGCUCACGCUGCAUAAUCAUUUUCCGCUCAGCUGCUUGGGCGGUGUCUGCAAGUCGUAUCCGGUGGACACGCAGGAUGCACAGCUGCAGCACUAUCGGGCCGAUUGCGUGAAGACGCUGAAGAAGAGCUGCGAGGAAUAUCGCGAGAAUUCGGUCGAAGACAAGACGAUUUGGAAGUAUAAGGAUGAGCUAAUCCGACGCACCAUCAAGACGCUCGAGACGCUGGGCUUCUUUAGGCGUAGCGGCGGCCCAGGAUUUGGGGGCAGCAGCAGCGGACUCGGCGGUGGCGCCACGACGCAUUCCACGGAGCGGUGAUUCGCGCUUCUCGGCGGCUGGUCAUGGCCCUGGCUGCCUGUGGCGCCCUACGUGGAUCCAGCGGCAGCUGGAGCGAUGGGCAACGAGGAGUUUUUUGUCUAAUGAGAGCGAAAUAGAAAGAGACAGAGAGCGAGAGAGAGAGAGUGAGAGAUAUAGGGAAAGUGAGUUCCUUGCCGCAAUAGAGACCGUAAAAGCUACCGAGCCCGCAACUGAACUCAAAUCCAAAACUUGAACCCGUCCCCCCCCUAGCCUAGCCUAGCCUAGAGCUCGAUUUGUUCAUUUUGUGUAUUAUAGAAAAGUUUAUAAUUUUUAUUUUUAUUUUUUUUUUUUAAAUAGUUUGAUAGUAUUCUGUACUUCGUAGCUGC